AUGACAACUUCUCCUCAACACCCCGUCUCCUAUAACGACCUUUCCCUCCCUCAACUUAAACUAUUCCACCAUCCCGCUUCCUCUCCGAUCCCAACCCCAACCAUCCUCGUAAUCCUAAAUCGCCCAGACCACAACAAUGCUUUCACCGACACCAUGGCCAUGUCACUCGUCACAGCCUUCGGGCUUCUCUCCAAAGACCCCAGAGUCAAAGCCAUUGUUUUCACCAGCGGCGACGAGCGCAACCGCGUCUUCUGCCCGGGCAUGGACCUCGCCUCCUCUGUCUCCUCUGCCACCAAAGGAGGCGGCAAUGCUGAAGAGAACGACCUCACGUCCGCCGAAUUGGCGAAACAGAGGAACGCACACCGCGACGGCGGUGCCCAAGUCAGCCUAGCCAUCUACCACUGCACCAAGCCCGUCAUCGCAGCCCUCAACGGCCACGCCGUCGGGGUAGGUAUAACCAUGACGCUGCCCUGCAACUUGCGCAUCGCCUCGUCCUCGGCGAAAAUCGGCUUCGUUUUCGCACGCCGGGGUCUCGCUAUGGAAGCCUGCUCGUCGUUUUUCCUGCCGCGCAUCUUGGGGACCGGGCGGGCGUUGGAGCUCGUCUCCACGGGGAGGGCCUACCUAGCUACUGAUAUCGCGGUACGGGAUUUGUUCGCUGAGGUCGUGGAGCCGGGGAAGGUCGUGGAGAGGGCGUUGGAGGUGGCAGAGGAGAUGGGCAGGUUGACGAGCGGGGUUAGUACAACAGUCAUGCGGGAUAUGAUAUAUCGUGGCCCGAAGAACCCCGAGGAGGCUUUCGAGUUGGAGAGUAAGAUUCUGUUUGAUUUGUUCCGAGGGCGGGAUGCGAGGGAGGGGAUGAGGAGUUUUCUGGAGAAGAGGGAGCCUGGUUUUACUGGUCAAUUUGAUGUCGAUAAGCCGUUGGUUUGGCCGUGGUGGGAGGGAGCAACUGACAGAGGCGGUGUCAUGGCGUGGUUGAAGAGCAAGAUCUGA